AGCAGUCUUGUAUACACCGUAUCACCAACAGAGAUAAGCAUGUCGUAUGUAAUAAUGUUUUACCUACUGAUAAUACAAGCACUGCUUGCAUAUACCAAGUCUACUGCCAAUGAGAUAUCGAUUGAAAAAAGAGCAAACGAACACACCUACAUGGGGUGUUUCAAUGACGAAGAAAGAGCACUGGAUUUCCAUAAUGUCGUGGAUCACCCCAGCAUGACCAUUGCCACAUGCAUCGAUAUAUGUACAGCCGAAAUGGGCGACCUAAAUGUGAUAUACGCUGGCACCGAGGCGUCAGACCAGUGCUUUUGUGGUAUUGAUUACAACAAGUAUGGAGAGAUCAGUGAAUCAGAAUGUAACUUAGAAUGUGUCGGUGAUCGGUCAGAGAUAUGUGGUGGAGAACUAACUCUCUCAGUUUACAGAAUAGCGCGGUUUGCAGUUGAAACCACAUACCAAGGGUGCUACAAAGAUGGCAACAUAAAUGCGCUGAACAUCUACUCGACACUGGCAGACGACAAUAUGAACAUUGAAAAAUGCCAAGGAAUAUGCAUGAAUGCCAUUGGUAGUCUGAAUGUCAUAUACGCUGGUGUAGAGCAAUCCAAUCAGUGUUUCUGUGGAACGACCUUUGACCGUUUCGGAGCAGCCGAUUCAGAAGACGAAUGUAAUAUGCAGUGUUCUGGGGAUGAUACGCAGACAUGCGGUGGGAGCCUGAGAAUGAAUGUUUACAAGUUAGAAAGGCUGGAUGGAGUAGUCAGCGGGGACCCUCAUUUGAGAACGUUCGAUGGGCGUCGAUACAGCUACCAGGGCCUGUGCUGGCACACGCUGUUCAAAGAUUGCUCCAAAUCCAAGCCCGCAUUUGAAAUCAGUGCAAAGUUCGAAGCUCCGAAAUACAGCACUACGGACGAAUUCAGAACGAGAACGGUUGCCAUCAACGUCACCCUUGGUAACGAGUAUGCUGUUGUAGAUGGGCUCAACGUAAUGACGGGGACAACGAAAAGAAAUACUGUGAUGCCAAAGAGAAUACGAAUAGAGGAAGACGGCAAAAUGGUGGCCUUAACUUUCACGUCUAAAAAUACGACAUUUACAUUGAACUGGACAUUGCUUAGACACGUGUUUGACGCAUCGUUCAUUGGUGUUGAUUACAAUGGUAAAUUAUGCGGCCUUCUGGGUAAUGCUGAUGGAGACGGCCAUAACGACUUUGUGAAACCUAAUGGCAAUAUCGCUAACGACGUUGACGAGUUCGGGGAGAGCUGGAAAGUCGAAGGGCAGAAGUGA